AACGUGAAUACGUAUCGCUCCAUUCUCAUUUCGAAAUGAUUAUUUCCGCGAUCCCGAAGUGAUUCAGUGUUGAAAUAUUUCAGCCUGUUUUUAUGGCUGAACCACGAUGAUUGAAUCAAUCGGGAAUUAUAUCGAAAGAAAUCAAUGAUAUUAAGGUGGAAUUAAAGAAAUUAUAAAAUGGCUACAAGAACAGAAGAUACAACAUCUAUUGAUAAUACUAAUGAUGGAGAAAGUAUGGAUAAAGAGGUAUUAGCAAUUAGUGGAAAUGAUGAAACUAAUCAUCGUAUUCCACCAACAUAUUUGUAUAAUUCAGGUUCUGAACAAAAUACAGGAAUAUCUAAUCAGGAACAAAACAAUAAAAAUCGUACUCAAGCUUCAGAGGAUCAGUUAGGACCUUUACCACCAAAUUGGGAAAAAGCUUUUACAGACACAGGAGAAGUUUAUUUUAUAGAUCACAAUACAGGUACUUCUCAUUGGUUAGAUCCACGUUUAUCUAAAUUUCAAAAAAGAUCCCUUGAAGAAUGUUUAGAUGAUGAAUUACCUUAUGGUUGGGAGAAAAUAGAUGACACUCUUUAUGGUACAUAUUUCAUUGAUCAUGUAAAUCGUAGAACUCAAUAUGAAAAUCCUGUAUUGCAAGCCAAACGGGCACAACAAAAUUUAGGAGAAAGAAAGAGUCCUAAUUUUACAAGAAAUCCUGACAAAUUAAAAGGCCAAAAAAUAAGAACAACUUUAAUAAAGAGUACAAGAGGAUUAGGAUUUACAAUUGUUGGUGGAGAUGAUUCAGUGGAAGAAUUUUUACAAAUUAAAAGUGUUGUACCAAAUGGUCCAGCAUGGUUAGAUGGAAAAUUGCAAACAGGAGAUGUGUUAGUCUAUGUUAAUGAUACAUGUGUUCUGGGUUUUACACAUAAUGAAAUGGUAAGUGUUUUCAAAUCAAUUAGCAGUGGCGAAACUGUUACAUUAGAAGUUUGUCGUGGUUAUCCAUUACCAUUUGAUCCAAAUGACCCAAACACAGAAGUGGUUACAACUAUUGCUGUAAAUACUCCAGAUAUUUUAACAGAAGAUCCUAGAUUAUACAUGGAUUUGGAUCCUGCUUUGCAAAAUAAUAGUCGUUUCAAUUUUCUGGAUUCUACAUUCUUGCCAGUACAUAAUCUUCAAAAUGGUGAAAAUCUUGCCACAACUUCUGUCAAUUCAAUGCCAGAUCUUUGUAUUUCGGAUAAAAUUAAUACAAUUAAAAGACCUAGCAGUACAGAUAUUUUAUUAUCUGAAAACAGUGAUUUGAAUGACUGUAAAGAUUCAUCAACGUCUUCCAAACCAGAAUUUCUCAGUAUUGCGAUUGUGAAAGGUACUAUGGGAUUUGGAUUUACAAUAGCAGAUUCUGCUCAUGGUCAAAAAGUUAAAAAGAUUUUAGACCGUCAACGUUGUAAAAAUUUAAUGGAGGGUGACAUUUUAGUUAAUAUAAAUGAUAUUAAUGUGAGAAAUAUGUGUCAUUCAGAAGUAGUACAAGUUUUAAAAGAUUGUUCUCGCAAUGAAGAGGCACUGAUACAUGUACAAAGAACAACAUUAAAAUUAAACGAAAAAAAGGAAAAAAAUUCACAAGAUUUUUUUAGAAGUAAAACACCAACAGCUGAUAUUUAUAGCACUCAAACAAAAACUGUUGUACCAAGUCGACCAAAAACUCCACUUAUUGAUACUAGAAAUCGUCCAAAAUCUCCAUCUAGUGCAAUUAGAUCAAAUUGGAAUGAACAAAACGAAAAUGAAUUAAAUCCACUUGAUAACCGAUACAAAUAUUCAGAAUACACACAUAACAUAUAUUAUAAUGAUCCAUAUAAAGCAAAUAUUACAAAUUUAUCUGAUAAUUUUGUUACAAUGACAAAUUUAGAUGAUGAUUCUAUAAGAAAUGGUACAAAAAGAGAUUGGGUUACAAAUGAAAAAUUGAACAUAAAUAAUGAUGUAUAUUCUAUUGAUAUACCUCACCAUGAUAAUAUGUUAAAACAAAAUGGAUGCUUACAUUCAGAUUAUUAUAAAGAUUUAUAUACAUCACAAUCACAUUCUCAGUAUAGUGAACAAGAUUAUAAUGUAUAUUCUAUUGGUCAAGAACAAAAUGUUGAUACUGGUGAAAUAUGGGAUAAACGAAAAGAGACUACUAGUUUUGAGCAUGAACAACCACAUUCCAGUUCAAUACCACGGUAUCCUCAAUAUAGCAACGAAUUAGUGUGUCCGAUUGUGCCUGAUAUAGAAUGGAUAGAAACCUUAGUAACUUUAAUAAGACAAGAUACAGGAUUUGGAUUUAGAAUAGUUGGUGGUACUGAGGAAGGAUCUCAACAGGUUUCAGUUGGACAUAUAGUACCUGGUGGAGCAGCAGACUUAGAUAAUAGAUUAAAUACAGGUGAUCUCAUUAUGUCUGUUGAUGGUGAGAGUGUUAUGAAUUCGUCACAUCAUCAUGUUGUACAAUUAAUGAUAGCUGCUGCUCAGAAUGGUAGAGUCACUUUGGGAAUUCGUCGCCGAAUUAAUACCCAAGAACAUCUUCCAGAAAAUCUUCAAACGUCAUAUAAUAGACAGAUGAAUCUUCAAUAUCCUUAUGAUGUAACGGUCACUAGAAUGGAAAAUGAAGGUUUUGGUUUUGUUAUUAUUUCUUCAGUUAAUAAAGCUGGUUCGACAAUAGGUAGAAUAAUUGAAGGUUCACCCGCCGAAAGAUGCGGACGAUUAAAUGUUGGCGAUCAUAUUCUUGCCGUCAAUCAUGUAGAUAUUACAAAUGUUUGUCAUAAAGAUAUUGUGAAUUUAAUUAAAGACUCGGGUUAUUCUGUUACAUUGACAAUUGGUUACCCUCUUGAUGAUUGUUGCAGUAAUACAUCUCUAUCUCAAAAGGAUGAACCAACAUGUGAUGGAGAUGGAGGACAAUAUCAUGCUGUUGAAUUAACUCGUGGAACUAGAGGAUUUGGUUUUAGUAUUCGUGGAGGACGUGAAUUUCAAAAUAUGCCAUUAUUUGUUUUACAAAUUGCAGAAAAUGGUCCAGCAUCUAUUGAUAAUCGAUUAAGAGUCGGCGAUCAAAUAAUUGAAAUAAAUGGAAUUAAUACUAAAAAUAUGACACAUACAGAAGCUAUCGAAAUUAUAAGAAAUGGUGGACCAUCUGUUCGACUUUUAGUUCGACGUGGUUGUCAAAUGCCUUCAGUGUGAGAGUUAGAUUAAUACUGUUUUACAGUACUAUGACAUUUGGUACAGAAAUAUCUGGUGCAAACGGAAAACAGUGUUAUAUUGUAUAUUUUAUGGAGUUGGUUAUACAUAAAUGUAGGUAUGUAGUAAGAUAUAUACUUUUUGUAUGCGACACGUUGAAAUCAAUUUUUAUAACUUAUAUGUGCAGCUUCUAUAUUUGAUAAUAUUAUUUACUAGUGAUUAUUAGAGCUUCAAAUUAUACAUAUUGCAGUUCAACAAUAUUAAUAUGGAUAUUGUGGACAUGGUUGUUGAUUUUCAAUGAAAUGAAUUAUACUUUAUAAUAAUAUUAAUAUUAAUUACAUAUUAUAUAUAAUUAUAAUGUUUUGAUUAUUAAAAUGAGAAAUUUUACAUACUUUUAAGUUGAAAAAACAAAUAUGUGAACGACUUUUCUUGCAGCUAUGAACGUAACUUGUAAAGUCCGAUUUAUAGGGAUGAUACUUGCUCAUUCUAACAAAAUUGGACUGGUGCUAACUCUAUAUUUAAAUGAUCUAAUUUCUGAAAGAAAAGAUAUUAAUUCAUCCUAACACGUGUGAUAGCUUGAGAGUAUUGUGCCUUACGCGUGUUCCAUAUUUAAUAACAAAAUUAUUAAGCAAAAGCUUAAGUUUUUGAAGCAAUUAUAAAUUUUUUAUUGAACUUUAUUGUAGAGUAAUCUUACAAUCGACCAAAUAAGUAUUCGACCGAUUGAUGAAGGCACACCACGCAGACAUUUAUUGAAAUUACACGAGAUGGGUGUGCAUCCUAAAAAACGUCAGAAAGUUCGAUUUUUCAUUUUACUCAACUG